GCCCAUCUCAUCUGAUUGAUGUGCGAAGGCUGAUGCCUCUGCCAGAGCGAAAGGAAUAAAUAGAGCCUGCCUCGCCCAAAGGCUUAGACGCCUGGGAAGAGCAGCCAGCGCGGAAAGGACCGGGCUCCGCCAAGCGCGUGGACGGGACCGGAGGACUUGGACCCAAGCGAGCUGUGAUUUUCCUAGGGGACAGCUCCCAGGUCGUUGUGCUCACUCCCGGAGUGCAGGAGACCGCCGCCCGGCUGCGCCUUGUCCCAUCCUGCCGGGAUCAUGGUCUGCGGCAGCCCGGGACGGAUGCUGCUGUUACGGGCCGGGAUGCUGGUCCUGGCUGCCCUCUGCCUGCUCCAGAUCCCCGGAGCUCGGGCAGCAGCCUGUGAGCCCGUCCGCAUCCCCUUGUGCAAAUCCCUGCCCUGGAACAUGACCAAGAUGCCCAACCACCUGCACCAUAGCACCCAGGCUAACGCCAUCCUGGCCAUCGAACAAUUCGAAGGUCUGCUGGGCACCCACUGCAGCCCGGAUCUGCUGUUCUUCCUCUGCGCCAUGUACGCACCCAUCUGCACCAUCGACUUCCAGCACGAGCCCAUCAAGCCCUGCAAAUCGGUGUGCGAGCGCGCCCGGCAGGGCUGCGAGCCCAUCCUCAUCAAGUACCGCCACUCGUGGCCAGAGAGCCUGGCCUGCGAAGAGUUGCCGGUGUACGACCGUGGCGUGUGCAUCUCUCCCGAGGCCAUCGUCACCGCUGACGGAGCGGAUUUUCCUAUGGAUUCUAGUACUGGACACUGCAGAGGGGUGAGCACCGAGCGCUGCAAAUGUAAGCCCGUCAGAGCCACACAGAAGACCUAUUUCCGAAACAACUACAACUACGUCAUCCGGGCUAAAGUCAAAGAGGUAAAGACGAGGUGCCACGAUGUGACCGCCGUUGUGGAGGUGAAAGAGAUCCUAAAGGCGUCUCUGGUGAACAUCCCCAGGGAUACCGUGAACCUCUACACCACCUCUGGCUGCCUGUGCCCCCCACUUCACGUUAACGAGGAAUAUGUCAUCAUGGGCUAUGAAGAUGAGGAACGCUCCAGGUUACUCUUGGUGGAAGGCUCUAUAGCUGAGAAGUGGAGGGAUCGGCUGGGUACGAAAGUCAAGCGCUGGGAUAUGAAACUCCGUCAUCUUGGCCUGGGUAAGACGGAUGCUGGUGAUUCCACUCAGAGUCAGAAGUCUGGCAGGAACUCUCAUCCCCGGCCAGCGCGCAGCUAAGUCCUGAAAUGCAAAAGGCCACACCAUGGACUCCCUGCUAAGACUUGCAUUGCUGGACCUAGCGAGGGAAAACUGCACGAUUGCACUCACUGACGUAUUGUUUACUACAGAUACCGUGUGGCAACUGACGUUACUUCUGCAUCCUCUCUGCUUCUUAAUGGCCCGUGUUAGACCCUUAGAUCUGUCAAAGAUCCCAUUUUACUAAUCACGGGGAAACUGUUCUUUCUCGACAGUAAUAGUAAAUUAGGCAUGCUGAUGCCAAGGUCUUUGUAUCAGUCCCCAGGCAUCGGUUUCGUGUUCUGUAUCCAGAUUGAGAAUGCAAUAUUGGAUGUAAUGAGAGAUUUGUGGCAAUAUCGAAAGCCAGACAUUGCUGUAAGACCGCCCUGCUGGUGCACGCCCAGCCUUGUUUUUGUAUGCCUGUUGGGCAUUUCCCUCAUGCUAUGGGAGUCCUAGAUGUUUAUUAAAGGUAGCAUGGCAGCUGGAAAUUAAAUCCUGCACAUGCAGACAGCACAGCACCAGGAAGCAUUUAUGAGGAAAUGACACCCAGCAUGAAUAGUUCUCAAGAUUGGCAGGAAGCAAAACAAAGAGUGUCAGGAGCCAAGGGAAGACGAUUUUGCCUGUCUAAGAAGCAUUCUGGGACCAGUAGCCCUUGGGCCAUUAACAGCGGUGUUCUCUCUUUUGGUGAUGUGUUUGGUCUGUGCAUAACUAUAUUAAUGGGCAUUAGAGAAAGACUUAUAGCUAGACACCUGCCAUUAUCACCAUAGCUCUGCUUCCUUCUAAAGAAAGCCCACUGUUAGACGUCUCCCCACUUCCGUUCAUAAUGAAUUUGGCUUGCUGUAUUGACCAGAAAAAGACACUAUUAAAGUAGCAUGCAUGUGCACCCGGGUCUUAUUUUAAAGAGGUAUGUGGCUUUGUAAAUCAUUGUCGUUACAUAUAGGGCAGUGAAGUGUGCAAACUUGUUUUUAUUUUUUUCCCUUUGGGCUUGUGGUUUUGUUUCUGUGGUGUGUGUACGUCUGUGUUUGUGUGGGGGCGGGUCUACAGCUUCACACACCCAAGUCGGACUAGACUGGGCCGGCCCAUUGGCCUAGGCAUUGCAUUUGCAUUUGUACUGCGUAAAGCUCAGUCAGACUGUCUAAUACAAGGAAGCACGCUGUCAGGAGAGGGAUCCUUCUGAGUUUUAGACAACGACAACAAAAUGCUUUUAUUAUUCAAGCUGCAGCAAGCCCCCGAGAUAACAUGGGAAAGCUGUGAUGUUGCUCCUUCUUUCCCGCAGCGGGGAUCUUUCGAGCAUGCGCCAAUCACUGGAACGUCUCAUUUCCUGCAGUUUACACAUGCGAUAGUAGUAGAUCUGGAUUCCUAAGCUACGGUGUGCUGAAAAUAAAACAUGUA